AUGGCUGGGACGCUGCCCUCCGCGCGAACAGGCUACCUCUUCAUAGCGUCCGCGGUGGCGUUUCUCGCCAUCGGCGCCUACGCCGUGCUCCUCAGCGCCCUGCUCCCGCAGCCCGGCAUCUGGCUCCUGGACGCGCUGCGACGGGAUACGCAUUACAAGUACUUCGCGCUGCUGAUCAUCCCCACGACGUCCUAUUUCGCGAUUGCGAACUGGGUGGGGUGGCAGUUCUUCAUGAACUCGUGA